AUGUCUCGACGCGUUGCUUCUGAGACAUCAGACCCUUCACUUCUAGCUCAACCUCUACAUUUUGAGUUCAGUGGAAAAGUGGCGCCGAACCGUUUCAUGAAAGCUUCGAUGACCGAACGGCUCAGCUCUUGGGAUCCUGAGAACUUUGAGGCGCGAGGAAUCCCGGGGGCAGAGAUUCAUCGAGUCUAUGAACGCUGGGGCGCCGGUGGUUUGGGCCACAUCCUCACGGGCAACAUCAUGCUUGAAUAUGACCAGCUCGAGGCCGCAGGGAACCUGAUCAUCCCGCCUGGUGCUCCCUUCGAGGGCGAUAGAUUCGACGGAUUCCGAAAACUUGCGACCCUGGCCAAGAAACACGGAAGCCUUAUUACCGGGCAGGUGUGCCAUCCCGGUCGAGAAGUAGACGAGCGUAUUCAAAAACACCCGGUCUCUGCGAGUGACAUACAGCUCGAGGGAAAGGUUCUUGGGAUGCAAUUCGCAAAGCCACACUCAGCGUCCCCUCAGGAGAUCAAAACCAUCGUGGAAGAGUUUACACAUUCGGCCAUCUACCUGGCCAAAGCUGGCUUCGAUGGCAUCGAACUGCACGCGGCACAUGGAUACCUCUUGGGCCAGUUCCUGUCCCUGACCACGAAUCGCCGGACGGAUGAAUACGGUGGCUCCUUGCGCAACCGGGCACGAAUAAUCCUGGAGAUUGCCGCCGCAAUUCGCUCCCGUUUAGGUUCUGGCUCCGGGUUCAUUCUAGGGAUCAAGGUCAACAGUGUCGAGUUCCAAUCCGGUGGUUUCACCGUCGAGGAAGCUCGCGAGCUCUGUGCCAUGCUCGAAAAUGCCGAGUUUGACUUUGUCGAGUUGAGCGGGGGGACGUACCAAUCAAUGGCGUUCCAUCACCAGCGAGAGUCUACCAAAAAGCGAGAAGCUUUCUUCAUGGAAUUUGCAGACAUGAUCGUUCCAACCCUGACCAAGACCAAGACCUACAUCACAGGCGGUUUCAAAACUGUCGGUGGCAUGACGAAGGCCCUGGAAACCGUUGACGGGGUCGGUUUGGCGCGAGCCUUGUGUCAGGAAUUCGACCUCGCCAGAAACAUACUCGAAGGCCGUGUCACCGGAGUGAUCCAGCCUCUUGUGGACCAAGACGAUUUCUUCCUGACGAACGUGAUCGCCGGUAGCCAAAUGCGCCAGGUCGCCAAAGGACAAGAGCCCAUGGACAUGAGCAAGCCAGAAAACGUACCGACGUUCAUGCAAGCACUGGCGGAAUGGAGUCGGAAGAAUGAAGAGGAUAAGCUCACCAUGUCGCUGUACGGGUACGUGGAUCUAGACGUCUGA